AAUUCGAGUGCUUUUAGCCAAUUAUGUCAGUAAAAACUGUAAAGAGACCCCGAACUACAAAAUCGCUAUUUAGUAUUUACGUGGAGUACCUUGAGAGGAAUUCUGUGUUAAGAACGGGAAAACUUUCCCCCAAUUUAGGCGCUGAAGAUGUUCAGAACUUGUGGGUGAAAUUAUCGCAGGCCUUAAAUGCCUGUGGAGAUGGGCCGACAAGAGAUUCGGAUGGAUGGAAGAAGGUCUUCACCGAGUGGAAGUCCCAAGUAAGGAAAAAGGCACGUGAAAAUAAGGUCCUAAAUGAGUUGGAGCUGCGUUUAUUAAAAGCAACUGGCACAGUAGUGGUAGAUGGUAUUUCUGAAAUACCAGAGUUAGGAAUUAAUGAGGUCGACUUUGUUCAAGCGGUUGACGGUGUUGAAUUAGAAUUGGCAGACCAUGUAGAGCAAAGCAUACAAAUUGUAGAGGAAGAAAAUGCUUUUAAUGAUAUUCACAAGGAUACUCAUUUAGAGCAAGGUAUUGAAAAGCCCGAAGAUUAUGUGCAAAGCGAGGUAGGAAGAAAGUGGAUUAAGAAGAAAAGUAAGUACAGCUACCACAUUCAAAAUUACACGAUCAAACGAACUCACCUGUGA